UCCCUCUCUCCCCACCCGGUCGAGUCUAAACUAGUGAGAGGGGGCGAGACAGGGUACUUUUCGGUUCCGGUGCCUCUUAAUUCACACUUUCGAUUCUGAGCACAAGAAACAUUCAUUUGUUGAUUGACUCAGCAAACCAAAAUGAAUCGCACCCCUGCUGAAAGGCUCCCAUGAGGACCUCCCGCGGCCCGUUCUUUUCUCCCCCACCCCUUAUUCUGUGGUACCGGCGAAGGGCGGAGGGAUCUGGAGGCGGCGGAGGGAGACGUCAUUGCAGGGUUGUUUGUGCAGCCUCGGCGGCGGUAACCCACAGUGAUUCGGCCGCCGCGCCGGGGGGUGGGGGGGCUGCGCGGGACUCUUUUCUUUCAGACUGACCGCGGGGCAGCUGGGGAGCAUGUCGACCCCGGCCCGGAGGAGGCUCAUGCGGGAUUUCAAGCGAUUGCAAGAGGACCCACCUGUGGGUGUCAGUGGUGCACCAUCUGAAAACAAUAUUAUGCAGUGGAAUGCAGUUAUAUUUGGACCAGAAGGGACACCCUUCGAAGAUGGUACUUUUAAACUCGUAAUAGAAUUUUCUGAAGAAUAUCCAAAUAAACCGCCAACUGUUAGGUUUUUAUCCAAAAUGUUUCAUCCAAAUGUGUAUGCUGAUGGUAGCAUAUGUUUAGAUAUUCUUCAGAAUAGAUGGAGUCCAACAUAUGAUGUAUCUUCUAUCCUAACAUCAAUUCAGUCUCUGCUGGAUGAACCGAAUCCAAACAGUCCAGCUAAUAGCCAGGCGGCACAGCUUUAUCAGGAAAACAAACGGGAAUAUGAGAAAAGAGUUUCGGCCAUUGUUGAACAAAGCUGGAAUGAUUCAUAAUAGACAACUGGUCUGUUAAUCUUUUCAUCAUUGUUGUGUAUAAUUUACCUCUCAGUAGAAAGGCUAACAAAUUUUAAGUGCCACAGGUUUUAAGGAUUCUGCAGAAAAAAAGUCCUUCAGUUUAGAACCUACAAAGCUUGUGUAUCUUGAUUAAUGUACUUUUUAUUGCAUGGUGUGAACUAAGUUAUUGCUUACAUAAAUUUGUAAUAUAUCCUGUUUGUAUUUUUUUCCAAGUGUAUAAUGUUGGUGUGGAGUUUUCAUGACAGAAUAUACACAUUUUGUAAAUCUGUACUUUUUUCAAAUAUUGAAUGCCUUAUUUUUGAAUUCUUUAGAUUUUUAAAUUGGAGAAAAGCACUUAAAGUUUUUUAUAUAUGAAUAUUACAUGUAAAGCUGUUAAAAUACAUAACUUCAGUGCAAGAGACUUUGUCACUUAUUUCCUUAUCUGUGUAGGAGGGGUUAAUAAGUCUCUAGCUCUCCAUCAAUUGAAAGUUUCAUUUCCAAUUUCAAAAGAACAGAUUUAUAUUUUAUCAAGAAAUUCUUCAAAUUUGAUUCUAAGCUCCAAUUAUAAUCUCAAACUUUGUUUUGAAUAUCCCUAUGUUGGUUUCAAUUGAGCAAUUAUAGACAUAAUUGGUUUGAUUCUGUCCAACUCUGUAUUUAGGCCACUCAUUACUGUUUCUUCAUGCACUACUUACUGUUAAACUGUACCUUUUGCAAUUUCACAAUUUGCACCUCUACAUGAGGAAUUGGCACAUCUACCAUGAGCAGAGAACUGAUGCAACUUACUUUGCUGCUUGAUAGCACUUUAGAAGAUUGAUAAUGAAAAUACAACUAUAAACAUUUACCAAAAAUCCAUGCCCCACUAUUAACAUUGAGUAAGAAUUUGGUUGCAUUGAUUUGAACAAGGCAGAUAGUUGGAAGGAAUCUUGGUGUAAAAAUAUUUGAAAAACUGCCUUUUUAUGCAAUUAUAUGUUUAUUCUGGAGAAAUGUUUUAAUAUCAGGGCCUGCUGAAUUGCUUUCUCUUGUGGAGAUUUUUUUUUUCUUAUCUCCUAAGUUGUAUAAAAGUUGUAACUGCAUCUUAGUUUACUGGAUAAACUUAAAACACAGUAUUGUAGAAAGCUAAUACAAAGCUAUCUUAUGCCUUCAAAUAGUAUAGAAAAUGGAAAAUAUACAAGUAAAUUCUGUUGAACCA